GGAUGUUUCAGCCAUCAAUUUGGUGUCCUACGUGUACUUCAGUAGGAAUAUGACAAGUAUGUACGUGCUAUAUAAAGGACUGCAACAGGUAACGUUUAGACAGAAAUAGUGUUAGCUUUAGCUUUAAACGGAGGUAUAUCAACUGAGAGAGGAAAAGAGACGUAUUGAUUACAACGCCUAAAUCAUGCAAAUCUUUUUAACGAUAUCCCUAGGGGUUUUGCUACUAUGCAUGCAGAUCCCUAACAUUGAGUCAACAACCAAUCCUGGUGGAAAUGAAACAUUUAAUGGCCAGUUCUUGGUUGAAAUGGGCAAUAAAAUCGGAUCUUCCGAACUACAAAUGAUUGGGAAGACAAUAAUGAACCUAGAAUCUAAAAUUAAAAGUACGGUUAGAUCUGAAGUGAUCCAAGAGCUUUGUCGACUACAUAAUUGCACUGAUUGGGGUGUAUGGUCAAAAUGCGAUGUGGCGCUUUUAGGGUUUGGGAGCCGUAAACGCAGUAGAGAGUGUGGAUUCAAAACGGUUCUUUGUAGUCGAGAAGACUUACUGAAAACUGAGUAUGAUUUUGAAAUUUGCGACAAAAACUGCCCAAAUGAAUACACCAAAAGUGAGAGCGGGCUCUGUCUUAGGAUGCAUAAGAGACCUUUAAGUCGCAAUGGUGCCGAAAGUGAGUGUCAAAAGGAUAAUGGACAUCUCGUACAGAUAAAUUCCGAAAGGACAAUGAAGGAUGUUAAUGAGUUCAUCGCUGAAAAAUACGGGAAAAACUGGGGAUGGUGGUGGAUAGACGGUCUAAGGUCAAAGCAAGGUGGUCCGUGGCAAUUCGGGUACGAGACAGAAAAUCAAAAUUUCACAGCCUGGGGAGAUAAUGAGCCAACAAAUGGUCCUAAUGACCUUUGCCUCCUUUAUUUCCAUAUGGCAUACAAGGGAGGCUCAGCUUGGCGCAUGAAUGAUCACACUUGCAGCAAACCUUCGUGGUUCAUAUGCCAAGUGAUUUCCUAAAGCAAAGUCAUAAUAUCUGUAUAGUUGACUGAUGUUGAAUGCCUUUGUUAAGAUAUUACUAUUGUUACAAACAAAUUUUGACAAUUUCAUAGCAUAAUAAAGUCAACGCAGAUUAAGUUGAAAAAAAAAACAACAACAAAAAAGAA